UUAUAUCGUCCAACUGUGCUACAUGGAGAUGCGACUGAAUAACCACGGACAAAGAGUCUAUGGAUCUCUGGAGGCCUUGGGCAAUACUGAGAGGAGCUCGGUGUAUGAAAGUAACAUAACAUUUACAGAAAGCAGAUUGCGUAAGCUCUGGGCUAGCUUACCGCCAAGCAGAGUCAACGCACCAAACAGGAAAACACCAAACUGUGUUAACAGGAAGCUGAGGCAGAAGAAGUUCCAGACACACACAGGAAGGAGUGACAUUAAUACGCUGCACCCUGAGCCAUGUUCCAGCGAGAUUAUCGAACGUGAUUGCUGGUUGUACUGCGACACCACGCUGAGUGGCGCAAGAUGUUGUGGAAUGUUUAGGAUGUGGAAGUGAAGCUGGCGAGUGGAUGUGAACACUGAGCGUGCAGACCAACGUGCUGUAGACAUGGGCGGCAUCAGCGUUACUCCUCGAUGCUGCAAAACCACCAAUGAGCAAGAACAGGAGGACCUGGUCCAAAUCCCAAGCACCAGAUGCUCUUCCCAUCCAGUGACUGAAAGAGCAGCUGCCUCUCCUCCAGAGCUGCACAAGCUGAUAGACCAGAGUCAGUCUGCAGUGAGUAACCAUUUGUUUGAGGAGCGUCUGGAAGAACUGUCUGGGGUUGAGUUGCUGUGGGGAAAGUCUCGCAGAGACCUGGAGAAGAUUGUCUGGACAGAGCCCAUAAAGGGCUGGGAAGGAGAGGACAUCAGCGGUCUGGGUGAAAUCGUAUGGUCGUCCUCGGCCCUACUUCACGACCAGCACAUGGAGGCGGAGACGAGGAGGCACCUGGUACUCUUCCCCUUACACCUGCUGAUCCUGGCUGUGGACGAGGAGGAGCAGAGAUUCAUCUACCAGGGUCUGUUGCCGCUUUCUGGGAUUUCGGUCAGAAUGGUAAUGAAGAACAACACAUUUGAAAUUACGGGGUCAAUGUUCGACUCCAGGAUAAUAAUGUGUUCAAACGAAGAGGAGUUCAAAAUAUGGAUGGCUCAUUUGCCAAGAAGAGUUAAGAAGGCUUCUCUAUAUCGGGCACAUAAACAGCACAAGCUGGCUAUGUUGCUUCCCUGUGACGAAGACUGGAAACGACAGGAGCUGGAGAAGUACCUGCAGCAGAAUCCUAUCCAGGGCUGGGAAGGGACUCCCAUCCAGCAUCUGGGACACUUUGUGUACAUAUCCACGGUGCAAGUUCGCUGUGCACACAGUCAGGCGUUUGAAGAGAGGAUCAUGGUUUUAUUUCCAGACGAUCUUGUAAUACUUUCCACAGAUGAGCAGAAAACAGCCGUCAAGUACGAAGGAAGACUUCCUACUCACAGCAUCAGAGCCUUGGAAAAAUCUGCACGUGUGGGGCACCUUGAGUUUGAAAUUAGAGGAGAGAUGAUGGAGCCAAUGAAGGUCUCCUGUACCAAGCCAGACGAAUAUAAAACCUGGUUUUUCAACCUACAAAAGCCGGACUACAGCACCAACACCUUGUCUUUCAACCGGCAGCCGCCACCCAAUUUGCCCAAGAAGAGGAAGAGCUGCCGUUACUAGGACCGACCUCCACUGCUCAGAACCACCACUCAAGCCAAGGACUGUUCACCCCUGGAAUCUCUAGGGAUUCCGAGCUUUGACCAUGAAGAUGAUUCCAUGCUUAGAGACAGCCAUUGGUUGAACCCGUCUUGCUUCUUCAAAAUACUGCACUGCAUUUUCACUGCACUGUACCACAACUCAAAGCUAGAUAAAAGACAGUUUCACUGAGUUCCUGGUCAAUGUUCUGGGAACUAUGUGUGUGUGUGUGUGUGUGUGUGUGUGUGUGUGUGUGGGUGUUGGGCGAAGUUCAAACAAAGAUAAUUGUCAUGCUUCCAGUAAGCGCCAUCCCACACAAGUGGCGAAGCCUCUUCCACCUGGAACACACCAACAUGACCUAUUUAUUGUCCAUAUUUUCUGACUUGAAGAAGCUGGUCCUGAGCCACACAACAGACAUCAGCAGAGUGUUCUCCUGCGCAGCUGAUGGGUCAGGGCUUUGACACAGCAACUGUGAAUCCAGCCCAUCACUCGUUCCAGAUCGACUUGCUGAGCUCUCGCCUGCUCAUUUGGCAACCAUGUUCUCACUGGAAUGUCACCAAUGGAGGAGACAAACAUCUCAGCUGCCGUAGACAAACCAAACUCAGCAACUCAGAGACACAGAUUCCAACACCCUACCAACCAAAUGUCUCCCGCAUCAUCAGUGCUGAAAAAUGUA